AUUGUUUUUUCUUUUGAAUUAAAGGUUUUGCUUUUUAGAUUUUGGUCGAUAUAGAUUCUCUAAAGAAGACUCUUUAAAGUGAAUGAGUCUGGUGGAAACACUUUUUUCAAAUUCCCUUUUUAGUAGUUUCCCAAUUUUAUAUAGUGUCUCGCUGUCUAGAGUGAAGUUGUUUCUUUCUCCUGAAAUCGAUACACUUCCUUUUCUCUUCCCGGACGCACGGUGGAAUCGCAAAUGAGUUGACAACGCAGUCGGGCAAGUCUGGAGCACCUUUGUUUGCUUCCCUAUUUUUUUUACUGGCUCUAAAAGUCCAGAUAUAAAAUACCGACCAUCGAAAGAAUUCAAAUUCCGUAUGGAAAAGCAGUGUCGUGGCAUUGCUUUAAUCCCGUUCGUAGUCCUCCCAAAAUAAACACAAGUUUAACGUUUAAACAAUCUCUGCUGGCUUUGUGUCGUCGGUUUACGUGGCUUAUUUGGGAAGCGUUAAACCCUGCUUGUUGAGGAGUUUGUGUUACUUUCCGGGGGAAUCAUUGAAGUGAAAUUUUUAAAACAAGAAAAUCGCUUCGGUGCUCAAAGUGGGUGCAAAGCUAAACACAAACAAGUGAAUCCUCUUGAAUCGACCUCCUUUUGAAAGCAAAAGCAGUGUCAAUAUAACAAAACAACAUCAUGACGACCGAUUUGCUGUUCCCUAAAAUCGCUGACUGUUCCUAUGUCUCGUGCUAUUGUGAGGAGAAUGUGUGGAAACUAUGCGAACAAGUUAAAAAAACUCGACCUGAAGAGCUCUCAAAAUGCUAUGCUAUAUUCGUAUCAAAUGAAGGACGAACGGUGCCACUGUGGCGGCAAAAAGCUGGACGUGGUGAUGACCAAGUCGUCAUAUGGGACUACCACGUCUUCUUCAUGCACAAUCCAUCACCAAAUCGAUGUUUAGUAUUCGACUUAGAUACGACGUUACCUUUUCCAACAUAUUUUCACAAAUAUGUAACCGAAACGUUUCGGUCGGAUUUAGCACUAAGGUCAGAGCAUCACAGAUUUUUUCGAGUCAUACCAGCGGAAUCAUAUCUCUCAGAAUUCGCCUCAGAUCGAAGACACAUGCGAAGGCCAGACGGAAGUUGGAUAAAGCCACCUCCAUCCUAUCCCCCAAUAGAGUCGUGUUCGAGUGCACAUAGCUUAGGAGAUUUCAUUUGCAUGACAGCUGGUAAAGGACCCGGAAGUGUAUAUAGUUUAUCGGAAUUCGUGCAACGUUUCUAUAAAGCGCCUCACGUUGUAGCACAACAAAAUAAUAAAUAAUAAAAAAUUUUAAUAACAAAAUUAUUAAGCUAAAUUAUAUACGUCAAAAAAAAUAUUGUUUUUUUUUUAUAAAUUUAAAAAUAAUGAAGAAAAAAAACAAAAAAAAAAUAAAUUUAAAUUAUUUUUCAUUAUUAUACAUAAAACAAAAAUAGAUGUUAUUUUUUUCCCCCUUUUUAUAUAUAAACAAAACAUUUAUGCAUAAGAAAAAUUCAAAAGAAAAAAACAAAAAAAAAAUAUUUUUAUAAACAAUAAAUAAAUUACUAUACUGCGUGAGAUUAAAAAAAAAAAAAAAAGCAAAUAAACAUAAACAAAAAAAAAAAGAAAAACAAUUAAAUUUUGCUAUAAGCUAAGCUAAGUCACCCAUUUCGCUGGACACAAUAUAAUUUUAAUUUGAUUUUCCUACUUUUUUAAUGGUAAACUUAAUUAAAUUUAAUUACACUCUGCGAGUAAAUAUUUAUUUGCAAACUUAUCCAAAGUAUUUUUAACACUCGGCAACAACAAUAUUUUACCGAUGGCCAUUAUUUACAUUUUAUAUUGAAAGUUUCGAAAUGGUUCUAUCUCUCUCUCUCUCUCUCUCGCUCUUUUGCUUGACUGAGGUUGAGAGAGGGAGGGGUGUUGAAAACUCAUAUCGAAGUGCAAUUUAAUUUACUCAAAAUGAACACUUGUGAAUUCUUAAGCAUCCUUGAAUGUUAUUUAAUUUUUUUUUUUUUUUU